AUACACGAACAUUAUUUGCGCGUGUCGCAAAAUGCGCAUGCAUAAUUGUUCCAGAUGGAACAGUCUAUCUGUGUGUGUAUACGUAUGUCGUUGGAUCAUCCGCAACGAAUGUGAAUUUUCUACAUUUAUUCUACGUUCAGAUUCGAGUGGAACACGUGAAUUUGCUGCUCCGAUUGAGAUCGAAUGCAUGAAAUAAUUGUGAAAUAUUGGCCAUUGUGUUUAAAAUACGUGGAUGAUUGAGAAAAAAAGUCACGUCCGCUGAGUAAAUCUAAUGGCGACCGAGGAACAUAAACGCUUAGCUGAUAUCGUGAAGGGAACUCACGCCCUGUUGCGCGUCGAAUGUCAUCAAUAUGGCUCCGAGAUCGCAUGGAAGCGCCAUGUGGCGCGAAAUGACGUUUUGCAGGAAUAUGCUGUGUCUAUGCAGAAAUUGGCCACUACGUAUUGGGCAGAUAAUAAUUUAAAAAAUGGAACGUAUUGCAGAAUGGAAUGGAUAAAAACCCAGUGCAAGGAGUACUUUCUUCAUGGUGAUAAAAAGAAGUAUGAUAAGAGAGAACAGGACAUAAACGCAAAAAUGGCUCUGAAAAAAUUAGAUGUUGAGAAUCGUACACGCGAGAGCGAUCUUGUAGAAGAUCAAUUAGUAAACUCUCACGAGCGAAGAAUAUCGGUAUUGGACGUAGGAAGUUGUUACAAUCCUCUAAACGUCGAUGAUGCAUUCGACGUCACUGCGAUAGAUUUAAUUCCCGCGACAGGAGGAGUUUUUCGCUGCGAUUUCCUAAAUAUCGCGAUUGGAAGGGAGAAAAUUCUUUCGGGGGACACGCGUGAGAUUCAUCAGCUACCCGCCAACUCGUUCCACGCCGUGGUAUUCUCCCUGUUGCUGGAAUAUCUGCCAUGUCCGAAACAAAGGUACAUCUGCUGCAGGAAUGCGUACGACGUGUUGAAGGUCGGUGGCUUGCUGAUCAUCGUGAGUCCGGAUUCGAAGCACGUCGGUGCGAACGCGAGGCUGAUGAAGUCUUGGAGGUAUACGCUGAGCAGAUUGGGAUUCAUGAGGAUCAAGUACGAGAAGCUACGUCAUAUUCACUGUCUGGCGUUCAGGAAAUGUGCGUGCAAGGAUGUGGCGAUGAGAUGGUGCGAGCUGCAGCGUUUCUCCGAAGACGAUAGAAGAUACAUGUCCGAGACAGAGAUUUUCAUCCCGCAGGACUUUCAAACCAUUUGUCCUGACGAAAAACUAGAAAAAUUACAUGAAUAUGAUAAAACUGAUUUAGCGAGCAUCUUUUCUGAGUUACCGUUUGAUGAAACAGCCAUUUAACUUUUCAUUAGCUCGUGUGAUUCAUGUUUUAAGGAUAUUUAAAAAACUCGUGUGAUGUAUCUAAUCGAGACCAA